AUGUCCAACCAAGAAGAUAUAUUAGAUGAUGUUUGGGGAUCAGACUCAGAUUCUGAAAUGAUAUCGAAUGAGAAUGCUGGUUAUUCUCGGGAUCUUCAGAAACUAAGAGAGCAACACAACAAACGAGGCUACUUAGACGGUAUUGUAAGUUCAAAGGAAGUAAAUUUACAACAAGGAUUCAAUGAUGGAUUCCCAACGGGGGCAGCAAUAGGAUUUGAAGUAGGAAGACUAAUGGGUGUAUUACAAAUACUGAACUACAAAUAUGGAAAGGAAAAUGAACAGUUGAAAAAGGAUUACGAACAGGCAUUGAAGGAUUUAAAGAUAGGAAAUAUGUUGAGUAAAAAUAUAUUUGACGCAGAAUAUAAAUUGCCUGAUGAUGGAAAGCAUCCAGUAUUAGAGGAAUGGAAAGCAAAAGUCUCAGCUUAUAGUGCCGAAUAUAACAUCUUGAGAAAGUAA